AUGGUGUCCUUCCUCUCCCUCGCGCUCCUCGCCUCCUCGACCCUCGCAUCCCCCCUCCUCCCCCGCCAAGUCGACAUCCCCGAGAACUGGGACUGGCAAGUGACCAACUGGGAGGCGGGCUGCUCGCGCAGCGGAUGCUACUACCACUUCAACCUCACGGUGCCCUCCAUCAACAACCAGCUCGGCGUCCUGGCGUCGUGCCGCGGCUACGAGCAGGGCUACGACAACAGCUUCACGAUUCCCUCCGUGUACGAGGACUGCACGACGCUUGCGGGGCGCAACAACCGCGCUGCGGCGAAAUUGGGUCCCAGGGUGCACGAUGGGAACGGGUUUGGACCAAAGGAGAUUUGGGUCAGCUUUUCUUAUGAAGCUGCUGAGGGAGCUCCCACAUAUAACUGGUCUGGUCCUCACGAGGCAAAGUACAACCAGUUUGUCUCGCCGCCUCUUAACUUCACCAUGACUGCCACCGAGGUCUUUGGUGUUUUGUAA